UGAGUUCUAUUAGUUGUCAGUUACCAGUAUGUGGAGUGGAUUGCAGGAGAAUCGAGCAACGCAUCUUUGCUAGGCUGACUCUUUGUAAAGUGUGGACAUGUCUUUGAAUCGGCUAUUACUUCGAACGGCAACAGUCACCAGGACUGUUACUAGAUCUGCCUUCACUUCCUCUAAACAGGACACAGCAAAUCCCAACUGGGUUCGCGUGGGACUUGCUUUCGCAAGCUCUGGCAUCCUAUGGGGCUUGCUUUUCAGUCAGCACAGCAUAGAUGUACAGGAGUACAAAGCCAGCCAGGGAAUUGAAUGACAUGUCCUACAAAUCACAUUCUGGUUGAUCUAAAUGCUCCAUGCUUUUGGUGGACUCCUGAGUGACCCUACCCCUUAACUGUAUAUUCCAAUGGUGUUAAAAUAUGAAUGACUGUCAAUCAAAUUGUGGAAUAAAGACAUCUAUGUAUUAAUA